GGGAGGGCCCGGCGUCGCCAUGGGCUCCUGAGGCCCGCAGCGUCUCCGCGCCGGUGCCGGCGCCCGCCCGCCCGCGGGGCAGCGGGGCAGGGCCCGACCCGACCCGACCCGACCCGACCCGACCCGACCCCUCCUCACCCCAACGGGCUGGGCCGAGCCUAGCCGGACGGAGCCCCGCCUGCCCGCCGGGAGGUCUUGGCUUGUGGACGGCUCUCUAGGAAUCCCAACUGGAACGUCACACCAAAAGGCACCAUGAUAGUGAUGAGUGACAUCACGGCAGCCCCCAGACUGGGGUCAACUGCCACCACCCCAGCUGUGGCUCCCAACUUCUCCUGGAUGCCAGAGGAUGGCAGCCCCACGGCUGUGGAGCAGCCAAUAUUCCUCAUGACCACUGCUGCUCAGGCCAUCUCAGGUUUCUUUGUAUGGACAGCUUUGCUCAUCACCUGCCAUCAGAUCUACAUGCACCUUCGCUGCUAUAGCUGCCCGAAUGAACAGCGCUACAUUGUUCGGAUCCUCUUCAUUGUGCCCAUUUACGCCUUUGACUCAUGGCUCAGUCUUCUGUUCUUCACCAAUGAUCAGUACUAUGUUUACUUUGGCACGGUGCGGGACUGCUAUGAAGCAUUUGUAAUAUACAACUUCCUCAGCCUCUGCUAUGAGUACUUGGGAGGGGAGAGCUCCAUCAUGUCUGAGAUCAGAGGGAAACCAAUUGAGUCCAGCUGUGUAUACGGGACUUGCUGCCUGUGGGGAAAGACCUAUUCGAUUGGAUUCCUAAGGUUCUGCAAACAGGCUACCCUGCAGUUCUGUGUGGUGAAGCCCCUCAUGGCCAUCAGCACAGUCAUCCUUCAAGCCUUUGGCAAGUACCAGGAUGGUGACUUUGAUGUAACCAGUGGCUACCUCUAUGUGACAAUCAUCUACAACAUCUCUGUCAGCCUGGCACUGUAUGCCCUCUUCCUUUUCUACUUCGCCACACGUGAGCUGCUCAGCCCCUAUAGCCCAGUCCUCAAGUUCUUCAUGGUGAAGUCUGUCAUCUUCCUGUCCUUCUGGCAAGGGAUGCUGUUGGCCAUCUUGGAAAAGUGUGGUGCCAUCCCCAAAAUACACUCUGCCAACGUGUCUGUGGGCGAAGGCACCGUAGCUGCUGGGUAUCAGGACUUCAUCAUUUGUGUGGAGAUGUUCUUUGCAGCUAUCGCCCUGCGCCAUGCCUUCACGUACAAGGUGUACCUGGACAAGAGGCUUGAUGCCCAAGGUCGCUGUGCUCCCAUGAAGAGCAUCUCCAGCAGCCUCAAGGAGACCAUGAACCCUCACGACAUAGUCCAAGAUGCGAUCCACAACUUCUCCCCAGCCUACCAGCAGUACACGCAGCAGUCCACGCUGGAGCAUGGUCCACCCUGGCGCAAUGGUAGUCAUGUCAUCUCGCGCUCCCACAGCUGCUCGGGUGCCCGUGACAACGAGAAGACCCUCUUGCUGAGCUCUGAUGAUGAAUUCUAGGAAGGGAAGCUGCCAGCACAGGCUGUCAUUUUCCUUCUUUUGUUGUUUUUUUAAUUUUUUUUUUAAUUUAUUGAAGCAGAAAUACGCCAGUCAUAUCACUUCCUAGAGAGUGCAGAUUGCAGAAGUGGGCACUUCCCAUUAGCUUUUGUGGGUAUGGACACGAUGAGCGGUGCAGACGUGGGGAAUGGCCAGGACUCCAUUCUCGAGCCCAUUCCUUACAGCAGUGAUCGACUGGAAUUAACUGAAGCAAAGCUCCAGGGUUUGGAGCUCUGGCCCCCCACACCUGCCCUGCUUGGUGUGGAGCAUAACUGGCCAGAGCCCAGAGUUGUGGCCAAAAAUUGUUUUGAUUUUUUAAAAAAACUGGACAACCCAACUGCUUUGUAUUCUUCUUCCUGAGUGGUUGAUGUGGGCACACUUUUCUCUCCCAGCUCCCUGGUACUAGCAUCACUGUGAUCCUUGGGAAAUGGGAUUAGGGUGCCGCAAUGCGCGUUCCUGAGGACCAGACCAGAGAUUGGUGUGUGUGUAGCCAUUGCCUUGAAUACACAGUAAGGAACAUCUGCCCCCACGCUUCUAAGAACCUGGUUGUGCACUCCUGUACUUGGGUGAGCAAGGGGGAAAAGGACAGGACUUCCUUCCGCUUCCUUCGCUCCCCGCAUGGGAAGCGGGGGGGCUCCCCAUCAAAGCUGGAGCUUGUUGAACCUCAGCAGGGAUGGAAUUACUGUCUCACAAGGGCAGGGUUUUCUAAUCACCAGGUGUCCAAGCUUCCCGUCUCCCCAGCGUUCCUGUGGCAAGAAGCCUCCCUGGAGCAGCUGUCUCCUGGUAACAAGACUGAGGACUGACUAUUAUAGGUGUUGGAAGUUUGUGGAGCUCUGGCCCUUUAAUUCCUCUUUAUGAAAGGGAGAUAUGUAAGUGCUAAAAUGUUGGUUUUAUUUUUCUUUUUGUUUCGUGUCCCACAUCAACAUAGCUGCCCCUCUUACAGGUGUGGAUCGCACCAGGUAGCUGCCAGAGAAGGUCCUGGUCUCUCACAGGUAGCUCUCCCUGUGCUUGUCAUCAGUGACUUCCAUGGUGAGCUGCUCAAGUGGUGUCCUUGGGCUGGAGUAUUCAAGAAGGGAUGGUGCACACUUGCUUUUAUCUUCAUAGCUGUGCUGGGCCAAACUGGAGCAGACUCGAAAACUGACAUGACCUGGCCGCUUAAAAUUGUCUCUCUUAGUUUCCCAGGCAGCAUUUGCUGCUGCACAUUUCACAAGCCCUGCAGCAACUCUUGAUGCUAUCAGGGGUGGAGACAGCAUCCAUGGGAGUGGGAAAAGAGGCUUCCUCUUGCUUUCGUUGGGUUUUAGAUUGGCCCAUAGGUAUUUAGUGGAGCCAAAAUAAAAAUAAUCCCUCUGUAGAUCUAUCCAGAGACCAGGAAAUGCCCUUUGCUUUAAAAUGUCUAGUGGAAGAGGGGGAAGCACCCUCAAGGGCCGUAGCUCAGAUGCCCCCACCCCCAAGCAGGAAGCAAAAUGGAGAGGUUGGGGUGAGCUGCUGCAUUCUGCUUCUCCAUAGUGUCUCUGCUCCUCCUGCUUGAUGCCUACCCUGCCACCAGCAACCCUGCACGCUUCCAGAUUGCCCCUUGUUGCUCUGCUGGGAGAACUGGAGUCUGGUUCAGUGCCUGGCGUUUACCUUUCCUCUUGUCUCCUCAUCUGUGUACUUGCACAUUCGCUUUCUCUGGAGCAACUGUGAGCGAAGAGCUCCUCGUUUCCUCAGCACUGCUGCCAGAAGCCUGUGGUCAGAAGUGGGGGGAGAAGGGCUUGAAGAGAGGGAGGUUUGCUCUGGGCUGUGAGGAUAAGAUGGGGAAAGGCACAAGGACAGUAUCUCCUUCCAUACUCCUUGUGUGUCUGAGGGGAUGGUGAAGCAGGUGGGAGCAGUAGUGCUGACUCUGAGGAAGCUGGAAGCAGGGCCAGUGGUUCCAGCAGCUUCUUUGCUGCUGGAUUUCUCCAUUUGCACACAUCCUGUGAUGCCACACAAUUCUGCUUUUUCCUAAAACUCGCUGUUUAAGUGGACAUGCAAACACUAUCUGCCAGGCUUUGUGUGGGCUUGGUGUAAAACUCCAUUUCCUCAUGCAGUAAGCCACCUGGAAAGCAGGGCUGAAGAUUGAAUGGGCUUUCCUUCUAUCUUCCAUGGCUUUCAUUAAUAGUUCUUUAGGGUGAGGUAUUUAUGUUAAACUUGCCCUCUCUCCUAGGAAAGUGAGGCCUGGGACAUGAUCCCUUCCUCCCCUUUCCCUGCAUUUGCAGGCCUUGAUGAUAUCCCAGUGUCACUUAAUUAGUGACUGUCCCCAACCUUUGUUGCAUUGGGUGGCUGAGAUCUGGGCUUGCCCUGCUAGCUUGAAGAUGAUCUAGGCUUGGGGAAGCAUUUUUUAGACGUUAUUUUUAAAUGUAUGCUACAUAUAUAUGCUGUGCAGAGGAUCUGGGUAUUCUCAAAGCUUCCUGUACAUAGUGGUUUAAAGUACAACCCUUUUGCACUAGCUGCCUUUGGAGAAGCCUGAUGAAGAACUAGCGCCCAAACAACAGCCAACUGCCAUGCGUUAUAAUUUUAUAUAUAUAUAUAUUUUUUAACACCACACAAAAUCAUCUCUGGGCAAGUGCCAGAGCAAGGACUGGCUCUGAAGCUGCUCUGGCCUGGAGGAACAAAUCUUAAAAGAUCUAGAACUUGAGACCAAGGAGGCCAAGGCACCUGUGGUCUUACAGGACUGCCCACAGUAGCCCAGGGCCCCAACAAACAUGUUGGUUCAAGAAUUAGGCCCUUGGAGCUGCUCUUCCUCACCUGUUUCCCCUCUGCUUCCUUCCUUCUUGCUUACCAUGUAACAUACCCAUGGGAUUUGUUUAUUAUUUUUCCAUAUAGAGUAGUUCUUUGUAUAUAAACAACUGAAAAAAAAAAUGUAUGAUAAAUAAGACAGAGUCACCUAGUUUUGUACCUAUUGUGUUUAACUGAUGUGAGCUCAGCGACAAGCCGCUCUCUAUUUUGGUCUUUGUGAUGUUAUACUCUGCAGAAAUAAGCAAAUAUGAUGACAAAUAAAAAUAUAGAGAUAAUAUAGAUUGUA